AUGAGGGUGUGGAAAUAAUCAAACUACGUCUUCUGCCUUGGCUGGAAGCUGCUUUUACUGCUGCUUCAACAGGAAAAGCUCUUGACAGUAAAGUCCCUUCUCUACAGGCUUAAAACACUUCAAGCCCAGGAGGAUGCCCGCCACAGAAACUCAGAACCUAGACGUUCAGAACAGUACAGAUCAGAACGUAGUUCCCUCAAGCGCACCUCAGAACAGCGACACACAGACAAGAGGCCCUCAGAACCCCGAGCUUCAGAGCAGCGGAACUCAGAGAUAGCUGACUAUGAGAAACAGGUCCGAAACCUGAAGGAUGAGAUAGCUGUUCUGUCUUCUGAAAAGACUGGUCUCCAAGGAAGGUCUGCCAGAAGCCGGUCUCCUAGCCCCGUCCACCGGAACCGCAGCUGCAGCCCCAACCGCAGCCGCAGCGGGAGCCGCUCUGGCAGCCCCUCGGUUGCAAUCGCCAAGAUCAGAAGUCCAUCCCCGAAUCGUUCCAAAAUGUCCAGCGUGGCGCGCAAGGCUGCACUGCUGUCCCGGUUCAGUGACGCUUACUCCCAGGCCCGCCUGGAUGCCCAGUGCCUGCUGCGGCGAUGCAUCGACAAGGCGGAGACCGUGCAGAGGAUCAUCUACAUCGCUACCGUGGAGGCGUUCCACGUGGCUAAAAUGGCAUUCCGACAUUUCAAGAUCCGGGUGAGGAAGUCACUGACGCCGUCUUACGUAGGGUCCAAUGACUUUGAGACUGCUGUCUCCGAGUAUAUCAUUUGUCACCUUGAUCUAUAUGAUUCCCAAAGCAGUGUUAAUGAUGUGAUCCGAGCCAUGAAUGUCAACCCUAAGAUCUCCUUCCCUCCUGAAGUUGACUUUUGCCUCCUCAGUGACUUCAUCCAGGAGAUUUGCUGCAUUGCUUUUGCAAUGCAGUCUUUAGACCCACCUCUUGACAUUGCAUUCGGGGCUGAUGGAGAAGUAUUUAAUGAUUGCAAGUACCGCCGAAGCUAUGACUCAGAUUUUGCUGCUCCUUUGGUCUUUUAUCACGUCUGGCCUGCUCUCAUGGAGAACGACUGUGUCAUUAUGAAGGGAGAAGCUGUCACCAGAAGAGGGGCUUUUUGGAAUUCGAUGCGGUCUGUAAGUCGUUGUCGAAGCAGGAGUUUAAGUCCCAUCUACCCACGUAGCCACAUUGGGUUAAGUACGGUGUCUCGAAGCCGGAGUCCUUCUCCAAUAAGAUGUUUGUUGCCAAGAUUUUAAAGCCACCAGACAUGUUCCUUCGCCACACUCCAGGGUAACAGCCAAGUUCUCCAGUGCCUCCAUCUGCCUGCCUGCCUUGUCUGCCUCUGACCUCACUUAACAUGAUAUGAAAAGGCAAUUCCGUGUAUCACUCCACACAGAGAGUUAAACGUUUUGUCUUAGCGCAUUUGUAACUUUAGGUACAUUGCAUUUGAUUUAUACUUUCUAGGUACAAAUUCCAUUAAUUUCAUAAAAACGAUUGUAUAGGCAUUUAGGAUCAUAUUCAUUCGAAGCAAAGUCCAUUACAUAGAUUCAGGAUUUCCAUUCUGAAAUAUGGGGCUCUUUUAUAGCAACCCUAUGGACAAAAGUAGAAAUUCUGCUUAUCAUGCUAAAUCUAAAAGGAAGGCUAAGUUGCUCAGUUUACCUAUUAUAAAUGCUACAAUUGCUUAUAUUAACUUUUAACCUGAAACCAAAAUUGGUUGUUUAAAUUGGCUUUUAAUGCUUGGAGGUUAGUGCCAGUCUCAGGUUGGAGAACUUAGAGCAGUAGUAGCAGUGAUUUGAAGUUAAAUGUAGAAGAUAAUAACGUAUAACAUAAUUUUAAUUGGUUUGCUUAUUCUUACUUGGAGAGAGUCUCAUUUGGGUUAGUGGAGAACCACAUGUCAAAGUCAACUUUCAGAUGAAUGAUUUGAUUGAGGCCAACUUGAGAUCAAUAUUAAUUACUCUGUGUUUAUCUCCUAGGAAUUUUCUAUUUUAAUGUAUGUGUUAAAUAUAAAUAUAAAGUUACUGGGGAGCUGUCCUUUAUCAGCUUCACCUAGUUGUUUGCAAGUUCAGACCUCCUUGAACUCCAUUCAAGGCUCCAAACUAAGGUGUCAUUUAUUAUUAUUAUUUUUU